GAAGACUCCCUGCCCGACGCCCUCCUGACCAAUUGGCAGGCCUUUCGUAACAAUUCAUUGUGACGUAUGAAGCCGAGCUCGUACCAGGUUACAGUCAAUGCUUAACGUCAGCUGUACCGAAUUAGCGACCACAUAUACCAACCUGAUCGUGGAGACGUUCGAACCUAGACUUUCGGUUUAUUUGAAACGCUUGGUUCGAUCGGUUCUCAACGAGUCAAAUCGCAAAUACACCAAUUCAAUUGUGGAGAAAUACUGCUAUCGAACUGUUUGCGGCGGUGAUCCAGUGUGGCCCGAUCGUGCUACGAUCUCCGAGGAAGAACGAGCGGCAAUCGACAAUAUUUGUCAACAAACUAACGCUGUUGAAAUGCCCAAACCCGUCACACCUGUGAGCCUGUCAUCUAAUCCGGGCGCUUAUAUCCCAAUGCUGAAAAUGAUUCUCUCACAAUACGAGCUUAAGCAUUCCCAGCACAACCAGCAAGAAGCGGGACAAGACGAACAUGCUGCUCUUCUCCGCCUGUUUUCACUGUUUCCGCUCCCGACGUUUAAAUGGCGAUACAUUGCAAUCAAUCCGAAUGUCCUUGCCGCCUUUUUGGGCAGAAGUAUACCGGGAACAUUUGAAGAAACUAACCGAUGGCUUCGGGACCGACGUGAUGUUGUUCAAAAGUUCUUCAGUGUCCCAAAAUGGUUCCGUUUCUACUCUGACCUGGAUUCCGAUGUUCGCUACAUCAGUCGUGAGGUGCAAGGGGCAGCCCUCACCAAUAUCUCUUUAUGCGGUCUUGAUCCGGGACGUACACACGUGUUUAUAGCCUCCUAUGGUCAGGGUGAAGAACGUCAUCAAGUGAGAAGAUGUUCCACCAAGGAAUACUAUACGCCUACCGGGUCUGUCACAUGCUAA